AUGGCCACCUACAAAGUCAAGGUGGCCACGGGAAGAGACCUCUUAUCAGGGACACUGGACUCCAUCUCACUGACCAUUGUUGGGACCCAAGGAGAGAGCCAUAAGCAGCCCUUGAACCACUUUGGACGUGACUUUGCAACUGGGGCAGUGGACGAGUACACUGUGCAGUGCCAACAGGACCUGGGUGAGCUCAUUAUCAUCCGCCUGCACAAGGAGCGCUCCUUCUUCCCCAAGAACUCCUGGUACUGCAACUACGUGCAGAUCUGCGCCCCCAAUGGCCGAAUCUACCACUUCCCUGCCUACCAAUGGAUAGAAGGCUACGAGACCUUGUCACUCCGGGAGGCUACAGGAAAGACAACCGCAGACGACACACUACCCAUCCUCCUGGAGCAUCGGAGGGAGGAGAUCAGAGCCAAGCAGGACUUCUACCACUGGAGAGUCUUUGUGCCCGGCCUGCCCAACUAUGUGCACAUCCCCAGUUACCAGCCCCCUGUGCGCCGCAACCCUAAUCGGCCUGAGUGGAACGGUUACAUUCCGGGAUUCCCGAUUCUUAUCAACAUUAAGGCCACCAAGUAUCUGGACUCCAAUCUCCGCUACUCCUUCAUAAAGACAGCCUCGUUCUUCAUGCGCCUGGGCCCCAAGGCUCUUUCAUUCAAGGUGCGUGGCCUGGUGGACUGCAAACACUCAUGGAAGAGACUGAAGGAUAUUAAGAAAAUUUUUCCUGCCACCAAAACUGUCAUCUCUGAGUACGUGACAGAGCACUGGGCAGAGGACAGCUUCUUUGGGUAUCAGUACCUCAAUGGCAUCAACCCAGGCUUGAUUUGCCGCUGCACGCGGAUCCCAGACAAGUUCCCUGUCACAGAGGACAUGGUGGCGCCGUUCCUGUGUGAAGGAACAUGCCUACAAGCUGAGCUGGAGAAAGGGAACAUUUACCUGGCCGACUACCGCAUCCUGGAAGGCAUCCCCACUGUUGAGCUCAACGGUCACAAACAGUACCACUGCGCUCCCAUCUGCCUGCUCUACCUCAACCCUGAAGGGAACAUGAUGCCCAUCGCCAUCCAGCUCAGCCAGACACCUGGGCCUGAUUGCCCCAUCUUCCUGCCCAAUGAUUCUGAAUGGGACUGGCUGCUGGCCAAGACAUGGGUGCGCUAUGCUGAGUUCUACAGCCAUGAAGCCAUCUCCCACCUUCUGGAGACCCACCUGAUGGCUGAGGCCUUCUGCCUGGCUGUAAUAAGGCAGCUCCCCAUGUGCCACCCUCUCUAUAAGCUCCUCAUCCCCCACACGAGAUUCACCAUCCAGAUUAACAGCAUUGGGCGGGCUCUUCUCCUCAAUGAGGGAGGACUCUCGGCCAGGGGCACAUCCCUGGGCUUGCACGGCUUUGCGGAGGUGAUGGUGAGGGCCCUGUCAGAGAUCACCUACGACAGCCUCUACCUCCCCAAUGACUUUGUGGAACGCGGGGUUCAGGAUCUGCCCCGAUACUAUUACCGUGAUGACUGCUUGGCCGUGUGGGAUGCCCUGGAGAAGUAUGUGACAGAAAUCAUCACCUAUUAUUAUCCGAAUGACUCAGCCGUGGAAGGGGACCCGGAACUGCAGUGCUGGGUGCAAGAGAUAUUCAAGAAUUGCAUGUUAGGACGUGAAAGCUCAGGCUUCCCCACCUGCUUGCGCACAGUGCCUGAGCUGAUCCGGUAUGUCACCAUCGUCAUCUACACCUGCUCCGCCAAGCAUGCCGCUGUCAACACAGGGCAGCUGGAGUUCACCUGCUGGAUGCCCAACUUCCCAUCAUCCAUGCGGACACCCCCCAUGCAGGCUAAAGGGCUAGCCACACAGGACACCUUCAUGGACACGCUGCCAGAUGUGAAGACCACAUGCAUCAUCCUACUGGUGCUCUGGACGCUCUGUCGAGAGCCUGAUGAUAAGCGGCCCCUGGGCCAUUUCCCGGACAUCCACUUUGUAGAGGAGGUGCCCCGCAGGAGCAUGGAAGCCUUGCGCCAGCGCCUGACCCAGAUCUCUUACAACAUCCGUCAACGCAAUAAGUGCCUCCCUAUCCCCUACUACUAUCUGGAUCCUGUGCUGAUUGAGAACAGCAUUUCUAUCUAG